AUGCAACACUACACCUCUCCCCACCCUCCACCAGAUGUCCAUCCCGUUGCUCCCGCACCACCUGCGCCAGCUCCCACCACACGGUCCGAGCCUCUCAUCGUCGGUCUCUUCGCACUGCGCAUAACGAAAAGGCUUGUCGAAGGGCUGGAUAACUACUCGGAACGCGACGCCGACAUUGCCUGGCUGGCCGAUUUCCUCGCGCCCUUUCCCUCAGACUACGACUUGGCGAAGCUUUCAGGCGCACGGAAAUCAAACUACCUGUUGAUGUAUCCGGACAUCGUGUCGAGGAUGAGGCGACAGCCUCGCUAUCCAACGCGCUUCAUGGACAUGAACCCGGUACGGCCAGAUCGCCAAGAUGAGUCGCGAAGGCAGGGUGGGUUGACUGAUGUUCAGCGGUUGGAGAUGAUUGACUUUUCGGACGCGGCACUGGAGUGGGGUUCAGUUGUACGUCUCCCGGCUUCCGAGAUGCAGCGGAUGAUUGCUUUGGCGGACCGGAGGCGCGUGGCAGAUCCGGACGCGACGUACAUAGAUCUUACGGGAAGUGAUUAG